AUGGGAGGCUCUUCGGCCGAGGCAGCGAUGCCGAUGAGCAUUGCAGAAAUUGCUGCGCGCGCCCAGGACUUCGAAUAUGACCCUUACAUCAAGCUCAAAGUCUGGUUGAGGACUGCUGAGCUCUUACUGCGCGAGGCCCAGAUAUACGAAGACGAAGGCAAUAUUCAACAAGCUUAUAUGCUCCUCAUGCGAUUCGUUAUCUUGGUCGCCGAAAAACUCUCUGCUCACCCCGACAGUAAAGAUCCCGCGAACAGAAGGGCGCUGAAGUUGAUGAUCAAGUCCAUACCCGACGCCGUAGAUCGACUCGAGAUGCUUAAACCGAGGAUUGUCGCUCGAUAUGAUGCUUGGCAAACCACACAUGAAGGAUGGGAUGAACCUGCGGCAGAUUUAUGGGAUGGCCAGAGACGCGGGCCUAUGAGACGACCCUCAAAAUACGCGGAAGCGGACCCUGCGAUUGCUGGAAGAGCAAAAACCUUGGAAGCAUCUGAGCACAGCGGCCUUGCCGUCAAACUUGCACACAAAGAAAUUCGGAGACGAGACGAUAUUCGGAGAACAACCCGGCAGGGCGACGACAGAGAUCAAAUGGGUUAUGAAGGGGGUGACGACGGCGUCGACUUGCAGCGCCGUAUGGAAGAUACCAGGAGGAAGAUGGAUUCCAGAGAUCGAGACACGGACGGAACACGAAAGAAGCUCACGAAAUUACACCCAUCAGCAAGCGAACCAAGUUCAUCGGCGCCGCGCAGCAGCGAAUACAGAUACCCUUCGAUUGCCAAGUCAAGGCCGUUUAAGUACGAAGACAAGCCCGCCGAGAUCGAGAGGAAUUUCGGCAGAGAAUCCGCACCUCCAGUCCCUUCAAAGCAAGUAAUCAAACCCACGAUAUCAUGUGAGUCUCCAGCUCCGUUGCGGCCAGCGAAGCUUCUCAAGGACGCUCCACCAAGCUCCACCCCCUCCCCGGUCGACGACCCCUCCGCAUACACAUUCAAACCAUCCGCUUACCUCGAAAACGGCUCACCUCUCCGCACCCUAUUUCUUCCUACCAUGCUCCGCGAGUCCUUCCUGUCCAUUGCGCGGCCCAAUACCCAAGCGAAUCUCGAGACAUGCGGUAUCCUGUGCGGGACCCUCAUCUCCAACGCGCUUUUUAUUUCACGACUGGUGAUACCCGAGCAAGAGAGUACCUCUGAUACCUGCGAGACGACGAAUGAAGGGGCACUGUUCGACUAUUGCGACAAGGAGGAUCUGAUGGUCUUGGGCUGGAUUCAUACGCACCCGUCUCAAACGUGCUUUAUGAGCAGCAGGGAUCUGCACACACAUUGCGGGUAUCAAGUGAUGAUGCCUGAGAGUAUCGCGAUUGUGUGUGCCCCGAGCAAGAGUCCCUCUUGGGGCGUUUUCCGCAUGACCGAUCCCCCAGGCAUGAAGUCGGUGCUGAAUUGUAGACAGACCGGACUAUUCCACCCACAUCCGGAGCCUAAUAUCUACACCGAUGCGAUGAGGCCAGGGCAUGUUUUCGAGACACCAGGACUGGAAUUUAAGGUCGUGGAUUUGAGGCCCUAG